AUGUCCCAACCCGCGGCCUCCACCGAAGGGGACAACAACAACAACAACCCUCCAAACAAUGUCAACCCCCACCAGCCUCAGCAGCCCCAGAACCCCGCCUUCCCCGCUGGCUUUGGAAUGAACGGUGUCCCGAAUUUUGCUGGCCUCGACCCCGCGACUCAGCAGCAGCUGCUCCAACAGCUCGCUGCCCGUCUUCCCGGCGGUGCCGCUGCCGCAUCCGCCCUCUUCCCCAACCUCUCCAACCUCAACCUUCAGAACCGAAAACUUAGCGGCAGCAACGCACCUGGGGCUGGCCAGGCGGCGGGCAGUCCGUCAAACCCGAACGCUGCCAACGGAAGUGCGCCUUCCCCGAUCAACCCCACGUCAGCCGCAUCGCCUGCCCCGUCAGCCGGAACACCAGAUGUGUCAACGCUCCAAGCACAGCUGCAAGCGCGGAUGCUGCAGGUGCAGCAGCAGGCGCUGCAGGCUGCCGCCAUGAGGGCAAGCGGAGGAGGCACUCCGCAGCCUGGAGCAGGAUCGCAGCCCAACCAGGAUGGGCGGCCGAACCUCACCGGACUACCGGACUGGGCAGCCAACAACGGAAUGCCUCAAGGAGGCGAUCGUGACGCGAUCAUGAAACAGCUCCAAGCUCUGCAGUCACAUAAACAGCGACAGUCCAACCCGCCUAGCACCCCGAGCAACCAGCCGAUGAACGUUCCGUCGCCCGUUUCUGUGACGGCUCCUUCCCCGGCGGGUGGUAUCACGGCCCCGUCCCCGGCAGGAGGUAGCGUUUCCGCCCCUUCACCCGCACCCAACCCGCAAGGUGGAUUGCCCAUGUCGGCACCUUCGCCAAUGUCUGCGAUGGGUGGGCCAAGUGGCCAGCUCCCCGGGACGCCUUCCUCGACCGGAUUCCCGAACACUGGUCCUGGUCAGCCGCCGAUGGGAAUACGACCUGGAAACCCUCAGAAGCAGCAGCUGUUACACUCGCUCAUUGCAUUCUACAAGUCGAUCCGGCAGCCGAUGCCGACUGAAGUGUUCAACGGAGAACGCGACGGAUCCUUCAAGCUUGGAGAUCAAUGGAUUGAGCUGACAGACCUGUUCUUUGCCAUCUUCCGCCUGGGUGGUAUGAUUAAGAACAUCCAGGAGCACCCCGUUUGGCAGGCGAUUCUGGCGAGCAAAGGCAUCCCGACGACUCUUCCGGCGCCUGUUGCUCUCCCCCGACCUCCCGGAAUGGACCCGAAUGCGCCGCCGCAGUUGACAACGAACGCUGUCCAGUAUCUGAUUGCUGCUUACCGCGCGUGGAUCUUCGGAUUCGAACAGGCGAUGGCGCGGUCGAAGAUUGCUCAGAUGCAGAAACAGCAGCAGGCCCAGGCGCAGGCGAGGUCCCCGGCGAAUGCCGCGCCAUCUCCUUCUGCGACGGCUGGAACACCGCAAGCGCAAGCACCGACGCCGACGCCAGCAACCCCGGCAGCCCCAACCCCGACGGCGAUUGCCCCGUCGCCAAUUGCAACGAUGGCCCAGUCCCCGGCUGCUGCUGCUUCGCCUGCUGUCGUGGCUGCGGCAAGCCCGGCCAUGUCCGCUGUGGCGCCGACGCCCUCUGCCGACAUGCGCCCUCCGACGCCCCAGCAGCAGCAGGUUCCUCAGCUGCAGACGCCGCCUCAGCACCGCGCUUCUCCCGCUGCCCCGUCACCAGCCAAUGCGCAGGCUUCCGCUUCGCCGGCGCCUGGAACCCCAGCCGGUGGACCAGCUGCCGCUGCCCCGUCACCAGUUGCCCCGUCACCGGCUUCCAAUGGCGAUGCGAACCCGCUCAAGCGCAAGGCGGGCGAGUCCGCUGUGUCUUCCCCGUCGCGACCGCCGAAGCCGUCGGGUCCGAAGCGCCCCCGUUUCAAGGUCGAGUACCGCCCGCUGCACUUCCCGCAGCCGAGUCUCGGAGGAUGGGACGAGCGUGCAGUCGCCUCUGCGUUCCCGAAACACUCUCUCAACCGCCGAGCGCGGCCGGCGUCUGAUCUGCAGGUGGACCUCGAGUCUGUCCUGAUGGGUCUGCGCUCGCGGCUACCCGUCGAGGUCGGGUAUGGGCUGACUGCUCUCUCGAUGCUGUCGAUGCCCGUCAACGACAGCGCCGUGUCGUGCAUGCCGAUCGAGCCGAUGAUGGAGGUCUUCCUCGAGGUUAUUUCUCUCGUCGGCGACUCGGCGCUCGGUGACGACGGCGUUGAGCGCUGGCUCGAGGAGAAGGAGAAGGGCAAGGACAAGGAGAAGGAGACGCCGCGUGCGUCCGCCGAUUCUGCUCGGGAGGACAUUUCGCGGAUGAGCCUGUUCGAGCUGGAGCAGCUUGGACAGGAUCUCGACUACGGCGUGCAGGACGACGAGACCGAGUACAAGGGCCCGCAAGAGAUCACCGGCGGCCCGACCGACAUUGUGCUUGCUGGUCUCAAUAUUAUUCGGAACUACUCAAUGGCGCCUGAGAACCAGCCACUCAUGGCGCGACCCGAGCUGUUCAACAUGCUCGCGGCGGUGACCGACGGAUCCCUGAUGCGUAUGCCAGGAGAGCGGUACUCGAGCAAGCGUCCGUACUCGAUCCCCGAGUAUGCGCGGGUGCGCCGCGAGGCUGUGUCGAUUCUGACCAACCUCGGCGGACACUUCAACCUGACCAAGGUGCCGCACUGCAGCGUGAUCGCAAUCUACAGGCUGCUCUCGAGCUUCCUCAUGAGCGGGUGGGACUGCUACCGCCUGCGCGAGCCUGCGUACGGCUCGUGCACCUCUAUUCCGCCACAGGAGGCGCGCCCGUCGUCGGUUCUCAGUGUCGAGCGGGCGCUCGAGGCGUUUGGUCGUCUCGCUCUCCCGGACAACAACCGCGAGGUCAUUGCAGCGGCUGUGCCGACAAACGAGCUAGUCGAGCUGUUCAGCGGGCUCAUCAAGCUCUUCCCCCUGACGCCGCGAGACAUUGAGGCGAUGCGUUCGAUCGAAAACUUCCUCGCGCGGACGGAGCUUAUUGCUCUGUCGGUGUACUCCCUUUCGUUCCUUGCUCCGACGGCCGCGCGGUCCGAGAUGCGCUCCGUGCCAGGUGCGACCUCGACGCUGACGCGGUUCAUCUACGACCUGUCGCCUCGGGGCGGGAAGCAGCGCGGUUCUGACCUGCGCACCGCGCCGUUCGGACACCUCGUCGCACGUCUCGCCGAGACGCUGGGGGUGCUGAACGGCACGGUGAACCCGGGCGGGAACACGGACCGAAUGUCGUUUGCGGCCGGCGGCGUCGACGGCAAGGGAUGGAAGUUUGCGAGCGACGUGGUGGAGCCCGCCUGGCUCGCGCAGGACACGGAGCGGAUCCUCGAGUCGAUGGGAUGGGGCAGGGACGGGGCGCAUUCAAGCUCGACCCGGGGACGUUUGCGGAGCUGGACCAGUUGUGGUGGGAGAGGAAGUAGGCGAGCCGGCACGAAGGAAGGUCGGCGGAUGUAG